ACAAGUUGUAUUAGUAAUAAUAUCAUGGAGUCUAGCUUAACUCCAUGAUAAUAUAUCGAAAAUAUAAAACUAUUGCCCUCGCAGAGUGUCUGCUUUUUCCAUUAUCGGGAGUGUAAUGUGGCAAUUUUUUUGAAGUUUCAAGCAAGUUUGCUUUAUUGGCGAAGGGGGUUCGCUGGAAUGAAUCUGCGAAUCUGCCAACAGCUGUUCUGCAGGCCAGGCCGUCGUGACUGAAGUGCAGGAUUGCAGGUUUUGAGACUGUUAUGCUGUCACUCAUCAAGAUCAAGGGAAAACAUCAAUCCCCUUUCCUGCAAUUAAUAGUUUAAAACAUGCCAUUGAUUUCUUUUUGAUUCUCCCCGCGUUGAAGCGACCUAUCAACCGCUAUCAUUUUAUCUUUUAAUCAUGGAGGAUGAAGAAAUAUAUGUCCAAAAUGGUAGUUCUUCAGAUAACUCCUGCCAUUACGGAAGAAACAAAACUGACAUACAGUAUGUCAAUAAUUGGGAAGGAAUCCCUGAAAAUAUUCUUCUGAACGUUGUCACUUGGUUGAUCCUUAUUUUACUAUUUUCUACACUAAGAAAAAGAGCUUGGAACUAUGGAAGAAUUGCUCUUGUGCAAAAAACUGAGGAAAAGUGGACUCAGCUGUUUUAUGGUACUGUAGAUGAAGGAAUUGGAGCAGGUGAGCUUGGGGACUCAAUGUCGUCUUUGGACUCAACCAUUCAAAUGGACCAAGGAUUCUGCAGUUGGCUUCCAGCUCUCUUUAAAAUCAAGGAUGCAAACAUAGCACAAAAAUGUGGUCCAGAUGCAAUUCAAUAUCUGCAGUUCCAGAAGCACAUAAUAUUAUAUAUUGCCAUUCUCACACUGAUAUCAGUAUGUGUGGUGUUACCAAUUAAUUUUCAAGGUGACAUGCAGGGAGAUGAAACAACUUUUGGUCAUACCACACUCAGUAAUUUAAGACCCGACUCACCAUUGCUUUGGACCCAUGUUACCCUUGCCAUUCUUUUCUUGCCUCUGGGGAUAAUUAUCAUGCGCCGAUUUUCCGUCAAUAUAAAGGUUACAGAGAGAGAAGGCCAAAGAAGGUCCCGAACUCUCAUGAUCACCAACAUUCCCCGUAAAAACUGUGACAAGGACGAUUUAUUGCGCCAUUUUAGAGAAGCCUAUCCGGAGGUUCAUAUUCAUGACCUUCAGUUGGCAUUUGAUGUAGGUAAAGUUAGUUCACUGGAAAGAGAAAGGUCAGAUGCUUUUGAAGCUAAAACCUACUGUGAAAAUUAUCUUAAAUCCACGGGGCUUCGUCUGGAUAUGCGACCGCACCUUUGUGGAAACUUGUGUUCGUGCUGCAAUCUGUUUGGUUACCCUACAGUUGAUGCUUUGGAGCACUAUGUUGAAGAAGAGCGUAGGUUAUGUGAAAAAGUUGAAUCUGAACGCAUAUCAGCAUUGAAGAAACCACUUGGUAUUGCCUUCGUAACGUUUAUGUCAGUAGAAGCUGCAAAAAUGGUUUACCGCCAUCACCGCACAACAUUUGGUUGUGGUCAUGAUCCCCCACCAAGUACCUUGAGUGCUACUUUGAAACCUAAGAGAUGGAAUGUUUCCUUUGCCCCUUCACCAGCUGACAUUUAUUGGGAAAACCUCUCUAUGCCAUCAAAAUACUGGUAUCUCAAGGCAGUGAUCAUCAACACUAUCCUAUUUAUUGUGCUGUUUUUCUUGACAACACCUGCAAUUAUUGUCACACUUCUUGACACUUUGAAUAUGGAUGAUAAAAUUAGAAAAAUGAGUCCGCUCUUGUCAGAGUUUUUGCCAGCUCUGAUGAUGGUGUCAGUGGCUGCGAUGUUACCAGUACUUGUUGCUUUCUCUGAUCAAUGGCUGACUCAUUGGACAAAAUCAGAGCGGAAUCAUUCUAUUAUGGUAAAAACAUUUGCAUUUCUUCUAUUUAUGGUCCUAAUUCUUCCCUCUUUGGGACUUACAAGUGCCGAAACAUUUGUGCAAUGGGCAAUUCAUGCAAAAAAUGAGUCAUACCGUUGGGAAUGUCUAUUUUUGCCUGAUAAAGGUGCUUUCUUUGUUAACUAUGUAACAACUGCAGCCUUUAUUGGCACUUCUCUUGAACUGAUAAGGUUCCCAGAGCUCUUUAUGUAUGUUUUUCGUCUAUGUCUUGUAAGAUCCAAAGCAGAAUUGCCUAGUGUGAGGAAAGCAAUUUUAUGGGAAUUUCCAUUUGGAGUGCAAUAUGCAUGGAUGCUCCUCAUAUUUGCCAUGACAAUGGUCUAUAGCUUGUCAUGUCCUUUAAUAACGCCAUUUGGAUUAGUGUACAUGAUUCUGAAACAUCUGGUUGACAAGCACAAUUUGUAUUAUGUGUAUGGGCCCUCAAAUAUUAGCCAGAGAAUCCACGCUACAGCUAUCAACAUAGUGAUUGUUUCAAUAGUGAUGCUUCAAGCAAGCUUCUUAGCACUUGCUGUUCUCAGAAAAGGACUCAAUGACAUCUCUAUCUAUUCGCUUACUGGAUUUGUGAUAACCAUUAUGUUCUUUAUUGCUCAUUGGCUGUUUCAUUGCUGUCGAGGGUUUAGCCCAAUUGCCUAUCAGCCAAACUGUACAUCUCAGUCAUCAACUCCAAGUCGGGAGCCUGCUACUAAUCAUCACUUUGUUCCUCAUGUCCUCGAGCCCGAAGCAUCUCCGUCUUCGUCCCGCACAGCUCGCUCUUUGAGAAGCACAUUGAGUGGUGCAGUGCAGCCAGAGCUGGUGACGGUACACAACGUGGCUGAGGAUUUGAGCCGCAUACAGCAGCAAGCAUACGCUGAAGAUUUGGGAGAGGAAGGUGUUCACGUGCAUGUGCCUGGCAAUAGCACUGACUCCCAGGCCAAGAGGGUGGUAAUUGAUGUAGACGGAACGAGUACAGAUGUCUAGGUAUAUAAUCUUUUAGAUGCAUUGAAAUUUAACAAGACUUAUCCUUGGAUGGCUGUGCCCUUUAAAAAAAAAAAAAUGUUAAGAAGUAAUGUAUUUUUGCAAAGAUCAAAGUUGCCUAUUCCAUUUAAAGAUGUUGCGUGUAGCUUUGAUCAGAGCAUAGACUGUGAUUUCUUUCAGUCAAAAAGCCUAUUUUACUGAGAAUCAUUAAGGUCUUUAUAUGACUGAACAGUGUCAUGAUUUGUGUUAAUGUACUAUUUUUACAAUUAAUUUCUGUUAAUAUCAAUUGAUAUGUCACUUUUCUUUUCUAUUUAGCUGUGAAUUGACACUUCAAAGAGAUGUUGCUCACUUCUGCCUGCUUCUGGAAUAGUUUGAAACUAAAUUUGGUAUCUGUUUAACAUCAGUAUACGUUUUUCAUGUUAUCAUUGUAUUAUUGUAUUGGCAGGUUUGAAAAAAGAAAUAGGUAGCCUCUUGAUUUGCUACUUCAAUAUGUAAAAUAAACACUUUCACUUUCGGGUUUCUACAUACGAAACUUCUCUCUUCUUUAAUACCAAGUAGAUUGGUGAAAUCAUGAUUUAUCUGGGCAUAGCUGUAAGAAUGUUGAAUUUUUCAGGUUACACAGUUGGUUUACAAAGAAAACUGCAUCUUAUCAUAAGUUUUUAAUCUAAUGGUAAUUUUAACUUAAGUUAUACCUUUUUGUAUCUGCUUUGCUUUUCUUUUUUUACUUUCAGGAAAAGAAACUGUUAAGCCUGAUUAAAAGGUUCCCUCCUAAACUUGUUAGCAGCUCAAUUAAGUCUUGUUUCUGAAGGGUUUUUAGAAUUAUUUGACAGCACUUUCAAAGUUGUUUGUAGAUAUUGUUUUCCCUUUUAUAACGAAGCCAAGGAUAAGUCGUUAGUCUGUUCUCUGGAACUGUUAUUCCAAAAACAGACGUGUGAUAACUUGAGAUUGUUUGUUUUUGUAGAUAUAUAUUGGGGAAUAGUUUAUAGCAUGUUCACUGCAUCUGUUUCCAAAAUAUAAUUGUGAUACAAAGUAUUUUGUUAUUGGCCUUCCAAUAUUCUUAUCAUGUUACCCUGUUAUAAUUUAUAACUUGCUUAACUUCACAUAUGGGGAUAGGUGUAAUUGUUUAAUCUUACAUGUAGGGUUUGCUUACUGUGUUUUACAAAUUAGCAAGCUUUGUUUUUAUGAACUUCUUCCUUCUAAUUCUGCCUCUAGUGAUUGUGAACCGUCUAGUUGAUGGUCUUCUGCUGCACGUCUUGCUUUAACUUCAUGCGAGUACUUUUAGCUUACCAAAGAUAACAAGCAAGCUUGAAUUUUUACCAUUUGACUAAAAUAUUUUUCUGUUAUGUAUUAUUACAAAUCCCCAGAGCUUCUAGGAGAUUUCCUCGCUACAUAAUUGUUCUUUUGAAGCAGUAUUUUUUUAAAGAACAGGACAAUUUAAUUUAUACUAUUUACUUGCUUUACCUGGAACUUUCAAACACCUUUUAAGUGUUAGUUAGUGUUCUAGAGAUGCUGUAUACUUUUUGUCUCACCAAAAUCAUUUUUGUUUGUCCUGCCAGGGUAGUUUUCACUUUGAAUUAAGUUUUCCUGGUACCUUUGUGAUAUACUUUCUAUGGGAGAAUGAAGUAGAAUAAGAGAAUUUAUAUUAUACUAAAGACAGUGCAUUUUAUAGAUUCGGAAGUAUCUUUUGAUAUUUUAGUAUAAAAUCUAUUAUUUGUGUAGGAAUUUUUUUCAGAUUGCAUUUAUUCCUUAAAUGAAAGAUUGGCUAAAGAAGCAGAAUAGAAACAAUUGGUCUUGUUGUGUAAUGUGUACACUAUCAGAAAGAAUAAAUGUUUUGGCUAAUAAAACAGAAUACAUGGUCUCAGUCUGAUUAUGAUUUUGGCUACUACAAGGGGAUAGCUGUAAUACUAUAUAACAUCGCAAGGAUUGUUGCCCUACUUUAACAUGCAAUGUUUGUAUCAUAUUGUUUUACUUAUUUUAUCCGACUUCCAAUGUUCAUGUUCUUUGCCAAUCUGGAAAUUGUCAGGGCCAGUCACUUGAGUGCUUUAAUUAAGGUAAUAAAUCUUUGAAAUUAUUA